UAGAGUUUUACAUAACAUUUUGUCCGCACAAUAAGCACAUCUAUAUAGAUAUCCCGUUGUUCCUCAUCGCUGCCGUUGCCAUAUCCGAGUACAGUGCCAAACAUCUGGCCACACUGCUUCAGCGGGGGCGGCAUCAACAAUUGAUUGGAAAUAAAAACAUUUAAUUAGAUUGAAAGGAACACGAUGAACCGCUACGCGGUCAGCUCGCUGGUGGGCCAAGGCUCCUUCGGCUGCGUGUACAAGGCGCAGCGACGAGACGACGAAAAGGUUGUGGCUAUCAAAGUCAUUUCGAAGCGUGGGCGAUCGAAUCGAGAGCUGAAGAACCUGCGCAGGGAAUGCGACAUUCAGGCGCGCCUCAAGAAUCCGCAUGUCAUCGAGAUGAUCGAGUCUUUCGAGUCGAAGUUUGACCUGUUCGUGGUAACGGAGUUCGCGCUGAUGGACCUUCAUCGGUAUCUGUCUUUUAACGGGGCCAUGGCCGAGGAGCAUGCGCGCCGUGUCAUUGGUCAUUUGGUCUCGGCCCUGUACUAUCUGCACUCCAAUCGCAUUCUGCACCGCGACCUGAAGCCGCAGAAUGUCCUCCUGGACAAGAACAUGCACGCCAAGCUCUGCGACUUUGGCCUGGCACGGAACAUGACCCUGGGCACCCAUGUCCUCACGUCCAUCAAGGGAACACCGCUGUACAUGGCCCCCGAGUUGCUAGCCGAGCAGCCGUACGACCAUCAGGCGGACAUGUGGUCUCUUGGGUGCAUUGCCUACGAGAGCAUGGCCGGGCAGCCGCCCUUCUGCGCCACCUCCAUCCUGCAUCUGGUGAAGUUGAUCAAGCACGAGGACGUCAAGUGGCCGAGCACGCUGAGCAGCGAGUGCCGCUCCUUCCUGCAGGGCCUGCUGGAGAAGGACCCCGGCAUGCGCAUCUCCUGGACGCAGCUGCUCUGCCAUCCCUUUGUCGAGGGCAAGCUGUACAUAGCCGAGGUCCAGGCAGAGGCUGCCCAGGCCUCGCCCUUCAUCAAUCCCAAGGCGGCCGUCAAGGACCACUCCAGGCGUGGCAAACAGUCCAGCCAGAAGACGGCGGACCUGAAUGAUGUUCUGGCGGCACUGAAUCUUGGUGACAUGGCCAACGAGAACCUGAGCACCUCCCGCGACAGCAUCAACGCCAUUGCCCCCAGCGACAUCGAGCAGCUGGAAACGGACGUCGAGGACAACGGGCAUCGCGUGCUCGUUCCCUUUGCAGAUGUUUCUUUCAGGGAGAUGACCACCGCUUCCCCCACUUCUGCAGCCGGCGGCGCCGCCGAGGGUCCGCUUGUAAACUCGCAGACCUGCUUCGUGAGCGGAAACUCUAACAUGAUACUGAACCACCUGAACGACAACUUUCCCGUUGAAGUGCAGAUAUCAGGGGCUGCUCCAAGUGGAGGUGGAGGUGCAGGUGCAGGUGGAGGUGCCAGGAGUGUGGCCGCCAAGCUCAAGGCUGCCCUCAACCUGCGGCAGUCGUCGCGCAGCAAGGACCUAGAGAAGCGCAAGCUCAGCCAGAACCUGGAGAACUUCUCGCUGCGUCUCGGCCAGAGUAUUGACUCUGAGGCGCACCGCAAGACCACGGAAAUGCUCACGGCCCAGGAGAGGAAGUCCCGCGACAAGGAUCAGCUGAAGCAAUCGAUGCACUCCACCAACGAGGAAAAGCUGAGCAGCGACAAUACCCCGCCCUGCCUUCUGCCGGGCUGGGACAGCUGCGACGAGUCGCAGAGCCCACCGAUUGAGAACGACGAGUGGCUGGCCUUUCUGCACCGCUCCAUACAGGAGCUGUUGGACGGGGAAUUUGACUCGCUGAAGCAGCACAAUCUUGUCAGCAUCAUCGUGGCGCCGCUGCGCAACUCGAAAGCCAUUCCCAAGGUUCUGCAGAGUGUGGCCCAGCUACUCUCCCUGCCCUUCGUGCUGGCCGAGCCACUGAUGCUGGUGGACCUCGACCUAAUCAGGAAUGUCUAUGUGGACGUCAAGCUCGUGCCCAACCUCAUGUAUGCCUGCAAGCUGCUACUCUCUCACCGCCAGCUCUCGGAUUCCGCGGCCUCUGCUCCGCUCACACUGGGCUCCCUCAGCCGCACCAUGCGCAGCAUCCCGGAGCUGAGCGUCGAGGAGAUGAGCACUGCCUGCAGUCUGUACGAGCUGGUAUGCCACUUGGUGCAUCAGCAGCAGCAGUUCCUCAGCCAGUUCUGCGACGCGGUGGCCAUUCUGGGGGUCAACGACCUCUUUCUCAAUUUCCUCACCCACGAAUUCAAGCACUCAGACUCGGACUCGAGCUCGGUGCGGCUGGCGGGCUGCAUGCUGGCGCUGAUGAGCUGCGUGCUACGCGAACUGCCCGAGAACGCCGAGCUGGUAGAGAAGAUAGCAUUCAAUCCGCGACUGCGUUUUGCCACGCUGCUCCAGAGCCGCCAUCAGUUGCUGCGCCAGCGGGCCUGCCAACUGCUCCGGCUGCUGGCCCGGUUCAGUCUCCGCGGUGUGCACUGCAUGUGGGGCGCCGACCUGAGGGGCGCCCUGCAGGCACUGGCCGACCAGCAGCUCUGCCCUGCCCUCCGUAUAGAGUCUGCCCAGACACUGGACGAGCUGAGCCAAUUCAGUUUCUUUGUGGCCUAGCAGCCCACUGCUUUAUUUCCAUCAAUCCUUUCUAGCCGUAGCCGUCCUAGCCGAACACGUCCUGGAAGUAGUCGAGCAGUUCGUCGAUGUAGCUCCCGAAGCGGUCGAAAUUGAGCAGAUAUCCCUCGUUGCAGUCCUGCUCGUACAUCUCAUUCAGCUUCGAGAUGUCUUUGUCGGAGAGACCACGCCGCUGGCCCAGAGAGGCGUAUGGAUCCUGCAGGAAAAUUGUAAGACUUAAAAACAGAUGGGACAACAGGAUAGGAUAAAAGCAGAGAAGGAAUACAAAAGGAAUCCCUAAAACAGUUAAUGAUUGUGACCCCUCCAUCGUUCUAUGCGAUGCUCCUCUACGAAUAGGUUUUACUUAACUCUCUGCUUUCUAUAGAAUACCCUUGAUUUAGAUUUUAUGCAAUCGGCAUAUAAAGAGCGGUCUAUUUUAGAUAUGUUUGUGGCGAUUUAGUAUAAAUAACUAAGGAUUCAACCAUCUGUUAUUCCCGUAGCAAAGCCAUUAUACCCAUACAUCUAUGUUAUAAAUCAGAGAUCGUAGGGAUUCUAAAUUUUAGAAAUCAGAAAUUAAUUACCGAUUUGUAUGCAAUUCGAAAAUAGAUAUCAGAAGUAAUUUAUUUUUUAAUGUUUAAUAUAAAAUACUCCGAAUUAAUGGAUCAAGUUGUCAGCGAAGCGGAAAAUGAUGAAAGGACGAUAUAGAAGACGCCUUUACGUCUGAGUGAGUGAGCAAACUGGAAUCCUAUUUUGUUUAAAAUAACAACAAUAAAUCGAAUAUUCGACUAAUGGAAGCUUAACGUUGAGAAAUGUAAGCUCUCAGAAUGAAA